UUGGUUUUGAAAAGAAAGGAUGAGGGAGAAUUAGAAAUUGAAUUAAAAAAAAUAAAAAUAAAAAGAAUAGCAUAAAAAGGGAGAAAUGAAAUGAGUAAGAGGAGAUGGGAUUUAAAAGGGAUACAAAAUUAGGAGGAGGCAGGAGGGGUAAGUGGUAAACGUAAUAAUGGAAAUGCAUGGAGGAGAUGAGGUAGCAAUAGCUUUAAGAUUGCAGGUCGUCUCCACCCACAAAAAAGCCCACACCGCAUACGAGAAUGCUGACCCAAUCACCACCGUCCAAGUGAGGAGGGGGCCAAUUGCCAACCACCCCCACCCUGUUAAUGAUAAUGAUAAUGUUAAUGGGCAAUUAUGCCCCCACCGCAUCCAUCUAUCUACCAGGCUGUUAGUUAGGAAAAAAAGGGGUGGGUGGGGGUGGGUAUGGUAUGGGUAGUGGUGAGGGUGGCGUGUUGUGACCGCGGCGCACGUUAGCCCUUUUCCCACAUCCCUCCCCAACUCGGUGGUGCCCUCCUGGUCCUAUCCACAUCUCAAAAUCAGCCGCAUACACGCACGCUCACCCACACGCACCACCACCACCCUUUAACACCACAAUUAUGUCACCAAACGCCACUUUCUCUUCCACCACCACCAAACCCUUUUUCCACCCACCCACCCCCACUACUAUUCCUUCCCUCUCUCUUACGCCGCCUCUCUCUCCUUCCUACCCCUAACCAUACACUCUCCAUUCGCUUUCUCUCUUCCUCUUCUUCCUCCUCCUCCUCUUUCUUCUUCUCUUUUUCUCUCUCUCCUCCAUGGCCUCCCCUUCUUCUCCUCCCCAAUCCACCCCUCCUCCAGAUCCACCAUCUGCGCUUCCCCUUGCUCUUCCCGUUCCUCCCCCCACCGCCUCCUCCUCUCGCCGCCUUCCUCCUCCCUGCUGGUCCCCCGACGAGACCCUUGCCCUAAUUGAUGCCUACCGUGACAAGUGGUACUCCCUCGGCCGCGGCAACCUCAAGGCCACACACUGGCAGGAGGUUGCCGACGCCGUCGCACAGAGAUGUCCCAACGCCUCUCCGGCCAAGACCCCCGUCCAGUGCCGCCACAAGAUGGAGAAGCUCCGGAAGCGAUACCGAACCGAGAUCCAGCGCGCAAGGUCCCUUCCUGUGGCGCGAUUCAACUCUUCCUGGGUCCACUUCAAGCUCAUGGACUCCAUGGAGAAAGGUCCCUCACCUGUCAAACCAGAGAACGACUCCGACAGCCACGACGGCGAUGGAGUUGGCGUUGACCGUGACGAAGACGACGACGAUCAGGAUCUAUACGAGGAGAUCAAGAACGGAGGACACGGAUCUAACACACGGAGCCUUAACAAGUUGUAUCGCAACGGUUUUGGCGGUCCUCCCGGCGGUGGAAACGGCAGCGGCGGGUUUAGGAUUAGGAUCCCUACCGGAUUAAGCGUGGCGCAACCUGGAUCGAAGUUUUACGGGAAAUCUGGUGGAAAUCAGAAAUUCAAUAACCCUAAUUUGAAUCAGAACGCCGGAUCUAACUUCGGGAAGGGUUUUGGGGAAGAGGAGAGAGAGAGGGAGAGGGAUCCGGUUGGAGAGGUUGUGUCGGCGAUCAAGCUGCUUGGAGAUGGGUUCGUGAGGAUGGAGCAGAUGAAGAUGGAGAUGGCUAGGGAGAUCGAAGCCAUGCGUAUGGAAAUGGAGAUGAAGCGCACUGAGAUGAUUCUGGAAUCUCAACAGAGGAUCGUGGAGGCUUUCGCCAAAGCAGUUUCUGACAAGAAGAAGAAGCCAAAGAAGACUCCAUCCCCACAACAAUCUUAGUUUCGGGUUUCUGAGUUUGAUCUCUCUCUCUCUCUCUUAAGUAACACAAAUGUCAGUUCAGUUCUGCCUUUUUCUGGUUUAGAUUUUUUUUCCUUUUUUAUUUUGGGGUUACUUUUCUUCUCUUUUGUUCUGCCUCUUUUUGUAAUUUAAGAUGAGACACCCGCCAUGUGGAACUUGAUCAGUUUUAGGUUGUUUAUUAUGGAGUGUAUUGAUGGAUGAAUUAUGAAUGUAGCUUUAGAUAUUCAUUCGUUUUCCACUCUUGAA